UUUGCACAAGAACUGUUAUUUCAUCAACAAUAGCUGCAGCAGUGAAACUACCGUCUUCAAGUCGCAGUUUAACACUCUCUUGGAUAUCGUAGCGGUGAGGAAAGAUUAGAGUUCACUCCACAUGAAAGCAUCUACCUUGCCAUCGGUGAAACAACCCAUCCCACAGUCACCAGACUUCAGUACGAUACGGAGAACAUAGGGAGACGGCUAUCGUAGCGGUGAGAAAACCAUCUUAGACCAAGUGGGUGAUAAAAGGAGGUUUAAGGUCCGUGGCGUGACGGUGGCUGUAUGUCUUGCACCACCCCGCAUGUCUUGGGAACGGGUUAGAGAGUUCCUGCAUAAUGAUAAGGACAGCGUGGUGGUGAGGACGCUAGGAGCACUCCUCUCUUUCGGGAAUGGUACUAAUACCCAGCCUUCUCUCGUCAGGAGCUACGCUGCAAUUACGCAAUACGAGAAGUAUUGUAUACAACUCGGGUAUUUAAGAAGUCACGCGGCGGAGAGAGUGACACUAAAGUCACAAGACGCCACUUCCCCACACUGUGGUGCAACGGCUCGGUUUCGUGAUGUGACUGAGCUGCCUGUCUCGGGUGGGUGCUGGCGGCGAGGGAUUCGUGACAUGACACGGUUCCAGUUACCGUCGAGACCGAUGGCGGUGGCUGGUGGCUGGAGAGAGAGGAGAAAUUGGGGUCAGGUGCAACCUUGCAAUAAUGAGUCGUUGAAUAUGCAGGUGUGGGAUCUCGUCACUUGUGUUUUGCUUCUCGUAAGAGCUUCCGAGGGCCGUUGUCCAUGAGCUUUUCUUCCCAGGGUACGCAGCACAUGCUUGUGCACUUCUCGCACACAGAGAGCGGCGUCAAACGGAGAAUAUCCAGGAAUCUACUCUGUCGUGAGAUUUGAGGCAAUCCCA